AGUGUAGGUACCGUUAAAUAUCGUAAAUUUAGAAUGAUUAAUUACCGACUUUAUUGUACUUUUACACAGAUUUCCUUUUUAAAUACCAAACUGUUUUGUGCCAAAGUAUUCGUCUAAAAACCUAAAAAGUUUUCUUAAUUGUUGAAAACCCUAUACAAAAGUCACUAAGCGAUGUAUUUAUAAGUACAUUAGGUUAUCCGAAAAUUUCCCACUUUCAAUACUUAUUUUUAAUUUGCCUGUAAAUUUUUUUUCAUUGUUCCUAUACAUACCUAUCAUAAUCUCAAUACGAAUACGAAAAAUGUAUAUUUUUUUAAAGCAUGACGUAUUUAAUCUAUGUUUUAAUAAGUGCACUACAUAUAAUAUGUGCAUGAAAAUGUUGUGAAAGCGCUGGUAGCGCGUCAUUGUAAAAUUUUAAACUAAGUUUAGACUAUUAACAUCCGAACUCGCAUUAUGCCAUGCCACAUCUAUAUAUAUCUAUCUAUAUGCAGUUCUUAUUGUCAAAUUCUAUAACGUCUUAUUUUCUGUGUUCUUUUGUGUGGUCCAUUAUUAAGUAAACGAGGUCUGACACACGUCUUAUGAUUUUCAUAUAUGAAAGAAGUAGAAAGAUCUUUCUGUUUCCUUCUUGGAUUUUUCAAGUCGAUAGUGAAUAGCCAUCUGCUAGGUAUGCGUGAUUCGUCUUCCUAGAAGUGGGAUCAAGCGGGAACUCAUAGAGUAAUAAAAAAAAAAACAUUUUGUGGCAUCGGAUGUUAAUAGUAUGUAUUUAGUUUCUAAACAUGUGUGACUGACUUAGCAUAUUCUUUUGAUAAUACAAUGUAAAAUUUUUAUUUGUACUUUUUAUUUCAUUAAUAUUGAUUUUAAAUUAAAUAUGAAAGCUUAAGAGAAAACGCUUAGGCUAAAUUUUAUACCUUAAUGAUUGCAUGCGCUUUGCCUCACGAAGCUUCUGUAACAGACGCAGUUACACCAGAGGUGUAACCAAUCACGUUGGAGGUGGAGGUCUAGUACAGCAGCUAAGGAAGAGCUACAGCCUAUCAGAUUUGACUGAGUGUGAGCCGCGCGAGGAGCGGGGCGCCGAUGAGGCUGAUGACGUAAUGACUGAGCCGCGGCUUAUAAAGCGAAGCGCUAAAAGCGGGUUCACUACCCGGCGCAGCGCGUCCGAAUCGAAUAGCCGCUCGCCAAUGUAUUUCCCUGAAGUAGACGUGGAUGUGAGAAGCACUCGCUCCAGUAGGAGUGACGAGCCUGAUUUUAGUCACAUAAAAUCAUCGGAGGAUAUAAGCUCCGGGUAUUCGAGCGCGGACAAUUCGGGCGCGUUGUCUCGCGCGGGCUCGCUGAGUGGUCGCGGCCGUCGACCUGCCGUCCGCACAACCACCAUUAAGCGUCCACAAGCCGCCGAGGAAAGUGAAGUAAUCAUCGAGGAGCCACACGACGACGAUACUUUUGAAUAUGCGAAUAUGCCCCCUCUCUUUAAUAUCCCAUCCCCUCUUUACUUAUCUCAUUCCGAUCCACCAUUUUUAUAUCAAUAUAUUGGAGAUCAAAUUAAAAUAGUGCAAGUAUUGGGUAAUCUACCUCUAAGUACAAAUCCUAACAAUCAAACAAACAAUUCUGAUCAGCAAAAUCAAACAGUAAACUUAAGUCAUGAUAUUUUAUCAAAUAAUAACCUACAAAAAGAAAACGAAAAUAUUGCUGACAUUAUUUCCGAAUUGUCUAACGACAACGAUAGCGUGACAGUUACAGAGGUUCCAGUCGAAAAAGAUCUUAAAGACUUAAAUAAAACUUCAGGGUCCUCUGAAUAUAUUCAUCCGCUAAAAAACGAAACUUUAGAGCUUUCGGGACCAAAGUCUAUUGAGAAAGUAGAUGACUCUAAACCAGAUAUACCAUCCGCAUCAGUUGCUUUUGAUGCUUCUCAUAAUGAUGACUCAGCUGAGAGUGACGAUGAAGCGUCAUUUGGAACACCAGAAAAUUCUCCCAAAAGUAAAAGGAAAUCCCCAAGGGGAAAAUAUGGCAAAGCGAAAGCUCCACCACCACCCAACGUAAAUAUAGCAGAUGACGAUAAAGAACUAUCAGAUAAAAUGUUAGAAUGCGCUAUUAGUACAACUUCACAAGAAAGUUUAACUGACAUUGUAAAUAAACUUCCUACUAACGCUUUUAAAGAAAAUACGACAACCCAAGGGUUGCAAGUCGUUAAUCCCAUAGCAGAAAAGAAGAGACGUCAUAAGUCAAAAUCUCCUUGUAGAAUUCCUAAAAGCCAUAGUUCGGGAAUAGGAAAAUUACUGCAAUUGCCAGGAAAGUUGGCUUUUUGGCAAAAAACUGAUGAUAAGGCUAAAUCUGACACAAUGUCGGUCUCAUCAGGUGAUCAGAGUAGGAGAUCAUCAGAAAACAUUGAGCAACUAAUAGACGAGUUUCAAAGUUGCUCUGAACUUGACAAACUUGCAAAUAUAGCUGAUGACUCUGAUACACUUUUAAAGGGAAAUAGUAGCGACGCUUUUAAUAUUAAAGAUGUAGCAGAUUUUGAAAAUGAAACAAUAACUCAAGAUAUUAUAGACAAAAGUGACGCAUUGCAAAAACUUAUCAAUGCAAAAAUAGAGAGUCAUCCCGAAUAUAAGUUUGUUUCUUUACACGAUGAAAUACCAACCACAUCAAAAAGCACUGAUGUUUGAGGCUUUCCCAAAGUCCUGAAUGCAUAUUUCGUACAAGCAGGAGUUAAUAAAACAGCAAUGCUGUCGGCCUCUGCUACAAUACCUCGCGCAAAAAAAUCUAAUAAAAGGAAAACACAAUAAACAUAUAUAUAUAGUUCCCAAAUAUGCUUCCUAUUUCAUAUAUUAAUUCUGCUGUUUGAUAGAUACUCA